AAUUCGCGCAAGUUUGUUUCCGAUAACAGACAACACAGUGGGCUGUUGGCGAAAUUCCGCUAGAAAACUGUGCAAGAGCACAAUCUUACUAGUACGUUUAUCACAAUGGCAUACCAGCUCUACAGAAAUACGACGCUAGGGAACAGUCUACAAGAAAGUCUUGACGAGCUUAUUCAGACCCAACAGAUUACUCCUCAGUUAGCACUUCAAGUUCUUCUCCAGUUUGACAAAGCUAUCAACACGGCACUAGCCAACCGUGUUCGCAACAGGGUCAACUUCAAGGGGUCACUAAACACAUAUAGAUUCUGUGACAACGUUUGGACCUUCGUUCUGAAUGAUGUGGAGUUUAGGGAGGUGACGGACCUCGUCAAGGUGGACAAAGUCAAGAUAGUUGCCUGCGAUGGAAAAAACACUGGGAAUACUGCUGAAUGAACGAGAAUGAUGGCAUCAGCUGACGAAGAGAGGAGGAAGAGGAUGGUGGAAAGUGACCACUACGUCAGACAGACAGGACUGUAUAUAUAAUUUAUUACAGUAAUUUCUGUGGAGAAAAAAAAGAUACACUUGCUCCCUGUAUAUACAAAGUUACCAACACCUGAAUCAGUUAGUGUAUGGAGACCGAGUGAAUGGACCAGUCAAGGCCUUGGAUAUUGCUUGCAUGAAUUUUUUUUUAAUAAAUUAGUUUCUUAGAACUGCUUUUUCAGUUUAGUUGCUGUUGCUUGAUCACCUUUAAUAAACUUUUUAUUU